AUGGGUUCCAAUCACCAAAACUUCUUACAUUUGGAAAACGAAGCUCCCAGAUACUUUCGGAUCGAUGACCUGCCUAUAGAUGUCAUCUGCUACAUAUUCGUCAUUGCGUGCAAUGACACGACGAGAGGAGUUGGCUCGGAUGGCUGCCGCGUGCCUCGGUUGAUAAUGACCGUUUCUCGAUUUUGGCGCUCCAUUGCGGUGAAUGAACCGCGUCUUUGGGCAAAUAUUAGGAUUACGGCAGUGGAUGGGGACAUGGAGGGGAAAUUACAGGCGUUCUCAGAGAAUCUAGCUCGAUCAAAAGCGUUGCCGCUUCACCUCACUGUAUCUUCUGACUUUCGUUCCACUUCAGAGCUUCGUCGACGCAUCAAGGAGAUUGCAACCCCUCAUCUUCAUCGUUGCUGUUCCUUAGGCGUUACCCUUUAUAAUUCUGACCUUCCAAACGAAUGGAUUCCUGUCACACAAGAAUUCCAGUCAUUAAAGGAUGUUAGGCUCGAUCUUAUGUCGUGGUCGCAACAGACCGUAGAUUUAGGUCUGCCUGAAUGCCUUCGCUCUCUUCAAAUCCAUGCAGAAGGCUGUAGCGCCUCAGCGUUGCGUUUCAAUUCUGAGGUUGAACAUCUUUCUUUGGCGGUCAAUACCGAGGAUGCGGCAGCGGGCCUGCAACACAAUGCCAAGCGCCUCAAAAUCCUAGAAUAUACACUUACGGAUCCCACCAACGAAGCUGGUUCAAGUCCAUACCCCUACUCAUUACCACAGCUCGAGGUUCUCAUGCUCAGUGAACUCACCGGGUUCCCUUGCAAGGUCGCCCCACAACUCAAACAUCUUCAGUGCAUUUCGUCAAUUUCACUAUAUAGGGGCCCAUUCUUACUUGAGGGAUCCGCGGUUCCACCGGAGAUAACAAGCAUUUUGAGCAGGUUAAUCACCUUGGAGAUAGAGGAAAUAAACCAACCCGAGAGAUUCGGCGAGGAUUGUCUCAUUUACUGCAACGUACUUGAACACUUGUCUAUCCCAAUCUUGCAUGAAACAAGCAUCGGGAUUCUAGAGUAUCUACUUCCAUCUGGGUCUCAUCCUCAAGGUUCCACAUCGGUAACAUUUAAUGUCGAUCGUCACCCACCAUCGAGUUUGCACUCGAAUCACCAUGGCCCUACAAUAAUGCCGACGUCUCACUGCCCGAAUCUCAAGACUGUAUUCCUUUCAAUAUCUCCGAGGCUAACAUUCAGAGCCCGAGCACGCAUUUCACGGUGCAUUAUCAAGCUCCUCGAUGCCCGACCAAAUCUCUUGAAAGUCAAUUUCUCCACAUGCAGCGAAAUUGAUACCCCUUUAGCCUCAGAUUUUUUUGAUGCCGACUCGAACCCUCGAUCCGUGCCAAUAGUCACUCAGGAUCUCCUAAGGGCUUUCCCGACCAAGGUGACUGCCGGGCGACGCCAAUCACUCGCUGUUUUUCAGCCGUUUGCUCGCAAGUGCCCCCGAUUGUAG